AUGGCGCAGAUUGCUAGGAUACGGGCGGGCCCGGCCGUGCUGCGACGAGUUGCUGGCUGUGGCGACUAUCUGCGACAACCGUCAAUAAGCGCAUUACGGACAAGAAGCAUUGCGACGAAUGCUGCGACCCAGGAGCCGAAUGUCGAGUUCCCAGCGGGUAUCCCACCGGUUGCGGUACCGUUAAGAUCGGAGGUUGAUGACAGGAGGAAAGCGAUCAAGAAUGCGAAGCCCUUCUCCGACUUCUUGACCGACACAUUCAAUAGGCAACAUGACUAUCUCCGGAUCAGUAUCACGGAGCGAUGCAAUCUGCGGUGUCUGUACUGCAUGCCAGAAGAGGGCAUACCACUAUCUCCGUCGGCCAACAUGCUCACUACACCCGAGAUCUUCUACCUCUCCUCACUAUUCGUAUCGCAGGGCGUCACCAAGAUACGCCUUACUGGCGGCGAACCCACCGUCCGUCGCGAUAUUGUUCCGCUCAUGCAGCAGAUCGGCAGUCUGCGCCCGAAAGGCCUACGCGAACUCGCCCUCACAACCAACGGCAUAUCACUACAUCGAAAACUCGACGCAAUGGUGGAGGCUGGGCUGACUGGCGUCAACCUCAGUCUGGACACGCUAGACCCAUUCCAAUUCCAGAUCAUGACCCGGCGGAAAGGCUUCGAUGCUGUCAUAAAGUCGAUUGAUCGCAUACUGGAGAUGAACAAGCUAGGCGCGAACGUCAAGCUCAAGGUCAACUGCGUAGUCAUGCGGGGAUUGAACGAGCGCGAAAUCAUACCCUUUGUCGAGAUGGGCCGCGAGAAGGACAUCGAAGUACGCUUCAUCGAGUACAUGCCUUUUGGUGGGAACAAGUGGAGCGAGAACAAGAUGAUCAGCUUCCAGGAAAUGCUGGAUAUCAUCAGGACAAAAUACCCAGGACUCAGGCCGGUACCAGGACACAAAAAUGACACGAGCAAGACGUACGAAGUGCCAGGCUUCGUUGGCAAAGUCGGCUUCAUCACGAGCAUGACAAACGACUUUUGCGGGACGUGCAACCGGCUGCGGAUAACGAGCGACGGUAACCUGAAAGUCUGUUUACACGGCAACGCGGAGGUAUCUUUGCGUGACGUACUGCGACAGGGUAACAAUGGCGAGCCUAUCGACCAGGAAGCAUUCGAGCGCAUCAAGCAGAUCGAGAUGGACCGACACGAAGGCCGCUUGAGCGACGAAACCAUUCUUGGCUGGGGUCAACGUGAGCGCGAACUCCUUGACGUUGUCGGUGCAGCCGUUAAACGCAAAGCGGAAAAGCACGCCGACUUGAAUGACCUCGCCAACAUGGAGAAUCGGCCCAUGAUCUUAAUUGAUGACAAGCCUCUAUCGAGCCUGGAUUCGCAGUGGCCUGCGUUGCGAAGAAGGCCUUUCAACAAUUCCAAUUCCCUCCUGGCUCGAUCUUACACACACAACUCACCACUGCCCUACCUGCACACCAUGUCUCAUACAAUUGGAGCCCCUAUUAGGGCCUUCUCUACCUCGCCUGUGUCCGCUGCUAAGAAGCUAUAUCAGUUGAAACAACUGCAGGAGGCUAGGAAGAUUUUGAAAGCCGCUCAGACUACAGAAACCGAAGGAACGGCGUCAGACCCCAACAACAUGCAAGACUUCUUAGAAGAAGUUAGAAUACCACAAGAAAGUGACCGAGUGCUGGGACGCAUUGAGGCAAAGAUUCAUGAGUUACAAGGGCGCAUUGCCAAAGUCGUCGACCAGAUCCCUAAAGCUCCAACAGCGCAGCCCCCUAAACAUGUUUCGGAUGCUCUUAAUGCUUCCAACCACACAGUGACUACCAGACGAGGGGAAUGGCGCAAGCGAAAACAAGCUCAACGGAUCGAAGAGGAAACCUUUGCGGCGAAUAGAACCGAUCAGCUGAAUGAGCUAGGAAAGCUGUUGACAGAGUAUAAAACCCAAGUCGCUGCUGUUAAAGAACAAGCGCAGAAACAAGCUGAGCUGAGGGAGCGGAAAGAGGAGGCUUUGGCUAAGAAAAGGGUGUUAUUGAAACAGUUGAACGAGUAUGAAGAAACUGAACGGAGGGCUAAGAUGAUUGGAAGAACCACAGAAAAAGAAAAGGGGAGGGAUGGCUAUGACCUCGGCGAUAUAUUAGAUGAUGCUCUGCGCAGAGUUGGGAAAAUCAAGAAGGAACCUAGACCAUCUCCUAACGAAGUGAGGCAGAAAGACGUACCUGCCUCGACCAAAGUCAUGAGACAGGCUGGAUUAGGCGCUGUUUCAGUUCUGGGUCUGCACAGGUCAGAACGAAGCUCUGAUGGAGAAGCACUUGCAGAUCCGAUCAUGGAUGAGGGCCGAGUCGCUAUGGCUCCUGUUCAGAAACAGGAGACGUUGGGCAUACCAAGCAAAAAGCUUGGCCUCAAUGUUCCCCCAUCCGGCUUUAUACCUAUUGAUGAAGACCUCGUUGUCACUUUCCAUGCUCCCGUCCCCCAACUCCAGCAACAACUCUCCGCCCUACGGGACCGACUCAAGUCCUCCUAUCCACGCAUCGAUACCCUACCCUACGAUGUCUGUACCUCCAACAAUGAACGUACGUUGCAAACAUGGUUGAAGAUCUUGGUCAGUAGAUGGCAAGCGAGGUUUGAUGAUGUCGAUUAUACGGGCCAAUUAGAGAAAGGGGUCGUGGACGAGAAGUUGAAGGCGGUACUGGAUCAGAUGGUGAAGGAUCACGACCUUACUAAUGAUGCGGCAGAGAGGAUGGCGAUGAGAUGGCAUGAAGUGUUCGAGAAGAGGUAUGCUUUGGAUGGUGAUGCGGAAGGAAAGUUGGAUUGGGAGGAGAUGGAAGCUCAGGGGAUGGGGUUUUUGGCUGAUGAAGCUGGUUCCGAGCCGCUGCAGCAUGGGAAGCCCGAGACGAUGAGAGGAGAGUCGAUUGGCUCGACGAUGUCUGAAUUUGGGUCUCGCAGAAUGUACUCGACCUCCUCCCGUCGCACUUCCCUAUUCUCGCCCUCGUCCGAAUCCAAAGCACGCUCAGUCGAUAAGGUAGACGAGAAGGACAAACCACACCAACCACAACCACAACCCUUACAACCCCCUUCAUCCUCCAAACCGCAACCCGCGAAUCCCCAACCGCACCUCCCCCACCUCACCUCCUCCGGCUCCGCACACAUGGUCAGUGUCUCAGACAAGCAACACACGACCCGCACCGCCAUCGCUGUAGGAACCGUGUACUUCACCAACCCCACUCCCCUCCAGUUAGUCCGCUCCAACAGCCUAAAAAAGGGCGAUGUACUGGGUACGUCACGCAUAGCAGGAAUCAUGGCGGCCAAAAAAUGUCCCGAGAUAAUCCCCUUAUGCCACCCGAUCGCCCUGACGCACGUCGGCGUCGAAUUACGUGCUUUCGGGCCUAAACACGUUGAUCCCUCACCGGAAUGCUUACCAUCUACACCUGCCUCUCAACAUUCUAUCGACCCUGGCUACGGCGGUAUCCAGAUCGAAGCAAAGGUCCAAUGCACGGGUCCUACAGGCGUCGAGAUGGAGGCCUUGACGGCGGUCAUGGGUGCGGCACUUAGUGUGGUGGAUAUGUAUUGGGUCAAGAACCAACAGGAAUGGCCGGCAAACAUCGAGAAGCGCCAGAAGAAAGAGCAGAAGAAAAAGGAUGAGCAGCAGCGUGACGGCGUAAAGGACCAAGACGGAGGUGACGGCACCUUGGAUGAAGAGCAAUGGAAGCGAGGCCAAGGUGACGGCGACAAGCAUCACGAUGCAUACGCCAGAGGUGCAGAGGGCUCCGGUUACUCCAGCGAUGAAGCCAAUAAGGACCAGAAGAGUGGAUACGAGAAGCUUCGAGAACGAUACUCCGUGCAAGAGAUUGCCUUGCUUCGAAGCCUACAACACGAGAAAGAUUACAUACAGAACCUCGAGCAAAACGAUGGAAAGCGCAAAAGCCCCCAGACAAGGAACCGCAGCACCAUCUCUAUCGAUGAAGCUGACCAGUUCUCCCCCGACAAUUGGCUACCACGUUCUUCGGAUUUGAUUCGUUUGACGGGUAAGCAUCCGAUGAAUGCAGAGGCCAACCUGUCGCAUCUCUACGAUGCAGGCCUGAUUACGCCUAACGAGCUGCACUAUGUACGCAAUCAUGGCGCUGUUCCAAGGCUGCUUUGGGAGUUUCACGAGUUGGAUGUCGAACGCGGUAAGCUCGUACUGUCUAUGGACAACCUCAAGAACAAUUUCGAUUCCAUCAACAUUCCGGUAGCUUUGGCGUGCGACGGUAACCGUCGGAAAGAGCUCAACAUGAUUAAGAAGUCUAAAGGAUUCAAUUGGGGUAGCGCGGCAGUCAGUUGCGCAUACUGGAAAGGACCACUGGUGAAAGACGUGUUGCUGAAGGCUGGCUUACCGGCAAGAAUGCCAGAAGGCAAACGCUACUGGGUCAACUUCGAGGGCGCGGAUGAGCUGAGUGAGGGAAAGUAUGCUACAUGCAUACCAUUCGACUAUGUGAUGGAUGCAACGAACGACGUUAUCCUCGCAUACGAAAUGAAUGACGUCCCACUCCCACCUGAUCACGGAUACCCGGUGCGACUAAUGAUACCGGGAUACGUUGGUGGCCGCUGCGUCAAGUGGCUGAAGCGUAUUUGGAUAUCAGAGAAGGAGAAUGACUCGCAUUACCAUAUCUGGGACAACCGUGUCCUACCAUCUUUCGUUACGGAGAAGGAUGGCGAGUUUGCAGAGACGUUGUUUCGUCAUCCCGAUACGGCGUGUAAUGAACAAAAUUUGAACUCUGUCAUUGUGAAGCCUGCGCAAGGUGAGAAGAUAUUGCUUUCAGAGGCUAAGAAGGGAAAUACAUACCGUAUUGAAGGCUACGCGUACGACGGUGGGGGUCAUGAAGUCCAGAGAGUCGAAGUGUCUCUUGACGAUGGAAAAACAUGGCUUUAUUGCAUUCGAAAGUUCCCGGACGCGCCUAUUCGCCACGGCAACAAGUUCUGGACGUGGCUGCACUGGCAGGUCGAUAUCGAGAUCACGCACUUACUCCGAGCCAAGAGCAUUACAGUGCGGUGUUUCAAUGUCUUCAAGAACACACAACCGAAGGAUCCGAAUUGGAAUGUCAUGGGCAUGAUGAACAACUGCUGGUACGUUGUUCGACCUGAAAUCGUACAAGGAGACGACACCGAUACUCCCUCGAUCCUCUUCUGUCACCCGGUCGAGCCAAGCACGGCAGAUGGCGGAUGGAUGAAGCCGAGUGUUGAAAACCAGAUGGCGGCUAUCAAGCAGUCGGCCGGUACACCACAGAAGCAAUUUACGCGGCAGGAGAUCGAGAAGCAUGAUAAAGAGGACGAUUGCUGGAUUGUGAUCGAUGGGAAAGUGUACGAUGCGACAAGCGUGCUGGGCUGGCAUCCGGGAGGCAAAGCGGCAGUACUAGGCCAUGCUGGUAAGGUGCAUGCAGAAACUAGCAGUGAAUUCGAAAGCGUACACGACGGGUAUGCAUACAAAAAACUCAAUGAAUGUGCGAUUGGUGUGGUGACGGACAAGGCUGCCGCUUUCAUCAAGAAGAACGCCGAAGCAGCCGCAAAAGAGCAAUCGCAAACAUCCUCUCAAGGUCAACAAGGCAAGAUCGUCUUACAAAGACACCGAUGGGUACCAGUGAAACUCGUCGACCGUAAACCCAUCUCGGAAGAUACACGCACAUACAUUUUCCAACUUCCAGAAAACACGCCCGAUUUGGGUCUCGCAACAUGUCAGCAUGUACAACUAGGCUACCACCUCCAAGAUAAAAUGCUCAUCCGAUCAUACACGCCUACUAAGCCAAUUCUUCCUGAUGUACCGAAGCAGCACAACAACAACAACAACAAAACCGACAACGAUAGCGUUGCAGACGGCAGCGGCACCUUCGAACUCACCGUCAAAACCUACUUCCCCUCUGACUCUCAGCCUGGUGGUGCAAUGUCCAAUAUCCUCGACUGCGUGCCCCUCGGCGAGGAGAUUGAGAUACGUGGCCCUACCGGCGAGAUUAUAUACAACGGCAACGGUUCCUUCAGUAUCUCGGGUAAGGAAUACACGUUCAAGAAGAUCAACCUCGUUCUCGGUGGAAGUGGUAUUACGCCCGGUUACUCCCUUGUCGCACGCGCGAUGCUCUCUGACGAUGAUGUUACGCAGAUUCGCAUCGUGGAUGCGAAUAAGUCUGAGAAGGAUAUCUUACUCCACGAAAAGCUCGAUGAGUUUGAGAAGAAGAGUGGAGGUAGGCUGAAGACCACACAUAUUCUCAGUCAUCCAAGCGAUGAUUGGAAGGGGAAGAAGGGACACGUUGAUGCAGGGUUGAUCCAAGAAGCGCUUUUUGCGCCGGAAGAAGGGACGGGUGUUUUCCUUUGUGGACCGCCGGGUAUGAUUCAGAAGGCCGCGUUGCCAGCACUGAAGGAUUGGGGGUUCAAGGAGGGAGAAAACGUGUUUGGGUUUUAG